ACACCGGUGUGGUUGCUGCUUCCGGUGCCCGACUGCACGCGCCUUCAGGUUACCAGCAGUUCUCGCUGCUUCGCUGUUUUUUAACGCCAGGCGGUUUCCCUGCUCUGACUGCAAAGCGACUUUCUUUCCGGCUUGUUGGGAAUUUUAAUAAUCUAAACGGAACAUGACGUUUCCGGCGACUCUCUGAGGAGUUUUGUUUUGCUCUUAAAAACGCCAACUAAAGUGAAACAACAUGAGAAGCAGGAGCAACUCUGGCGUUAAACUGGACAACUAUGCUCGGGUAGUGCAGCAAACUAUCCUGCAACACCAAGAUCCAGUGACGGGUCUUCUGCCAGGCAGCACGGAUCAGCCGGACGCCUGGGUCAGAGACAAUGUUUACAGCAUCGUGUCCGUGUGGGCCCUCAGUCUGGCCUACAGGAAGAACGCUGACAGGGAUGAAGACAAGGCCAAGGCCUAUGAGCUGGAGCAGAGUGUGGUGAAGCUGAUGAGAGGUCUCCUUCAGUGUAUGAUGAGGCAGCUAGACAAGGUGGAGAAGUUUAAAUACAGCCGAAGUACCUCAGACUCACUGCAUGCCAAGUACAACACCAAGACUUGUGCCAUCGUUGUCGGGGAUGACCAGUGGGGUCACCUGCAAGUCGACGCAACCUCUCUCUUCCUGCUUUUCCUCGCUCAAAUGACAGCAUCUGGUCUACAUAUUAUCUACACCCAAGAUGAAGUGGAUGUAGUGCAGAAUCUCAUGUUUUACAUUGAGGCAGCAUAUAAAGUCGCUGAUUAUGGAAUGUGGGAGAGAGGAGAUAAAACCAACCAGGGUAUCACCGAGAUUAAUGCCAGCUCCAUUGGCACAGCCAAGGCAGCACUGGAGGCGCUGGAUGAACUCAACCUGUUUGGAGCAAAAGGAGGACCUGGAUCAGUGGUCCAUGCUCUAGCUGAUGACAUACAGCACUGUCAGUCCAUCCUGACGUCCAUGUUGCCUAGAGCAUCCAUCUCUAAAGAGGUGGACGCUGGAGUCCUGGCCAUCCUCACCUACCCCGCCUUCGCUGUAGAGGACAUGAACAUCGUCAACAUGACCAAGGAGGAGAUCAUCUCCAAACUGCAGGGUCGAUAUGGCUGCUGCAGGUUCCUUAGAGAUGGACACAAAACUCCUAAAGAGGAUCCAAACCGGUUGUAUUACGAGUCUGCAGAGCUGAAGCUGUUUGAGAAUAUUGAGUGUGAGUGGCCUCUGUUCUGGACGUACUUAAUUUUGGAUGGAAUAUUCAGCAAUAGUCAGGAACAGGUGCAGGAGUAUCAGGAAGCUCUGGAAGGGAUCCUGAUCAAGCAGAAGGAUGGGAUCUGGUUGCUGCCCGAGCUCUACAGCGUUCCUUCUGAAAAGGUGGAGGAGGAGUACAUGAACCCUCAUACAGUAGAGAGGAUCCCAAUGGGCAAAUGUCCUCUGAAAUGGGGACAGUCUCUGUACAUCCUUGGAAAACUCUUAUCUGAGGGGUUUCUUGCCCCUGGAGAGAUUGACCCUCUUAACCGACGUUUCUCCACCAUCCCCAAGCCCGAUGUGGUUGUACAGGUGUCGAUUUUGGCUGAGACGGAGGAGAUUAAGGAGCUGCUGCUGAAGAACGGGAUAAACGUGGAGACUGUGGCGGAUAUUCAUCCCAUCCACGUGCAGCCAUCCAGGGUCCUCAGCCACAUCUACGCCAGACUCGGUCGUAACCCGAGGCUCGGUCUGACCGGGCGGCCCUACAGGAGGAUAGGAGUGCUGGGAACAUCCAAGUUCUACAUCAUCAGGAACACCAUCUUCACAUUCACGCCUCAGUUCAUUGACCACCAGCAGUUCUACUUGGCGCUGGACAACAAGAUGAUCGUGGAGAUGCUGAGGACAGAAAUCGCCUACCUCUCGUCCAGAUGGAGGAUCACUGGACGACCAACCAUCACUUUCCCCAUUUCACAGAGCAUGCUGACUGAAGAUCAUUCAGACCUGGACCCUGCUGUCUUGGCUACACUAAAGAAGUUACAGGAUGGAUAUUUUGGAGGAGCAAGGACCCAGACGGGGAAGCUGUCGGAGUUCCUGACCACUUCCUGCUGCGCUCAUCUCAGCUUCCUGGACUUCAAGGGCUCUCGUGGCAUGGGCCAGCACCGUGAGGAGAGCGAUAGAGAUGAUUUCGGUGCUGGAUAUGUGCACGAGUUACGAUACGAUGAUGAGGCAGACGACCUUGCACAGUACCUAGACCACCUUUUGGCCCACUCCGCCCCUAAGAAGACCAAGCCUCAGGUGGGAGGUCUGGGCAGAUUCAAGGCCGUGGCCACCAAAACCAAGGAGAUUGUUUCUCUGAUGAACAAGGCUCAGGAUCUGAACAUUCACAACGUCAAUAUGUACCUACCAAGCAAGCUGUUCCGCUCUCGUCAACCAUCGCUCAACCUGAAUCUUCCAGAAACCUCUGCUCCGCAAGCAACUCAGAGCUCAGAGGUGGUGGCCACGAUACAGAGCGGCAUCCCCAAAGACGCCAGCGGAGCCGUCGAUUACAACGCUUUGGUCCAACUGCUGAGAGACACCAAGAACCUUCAGGACCAGGCUGAUAUACUUUACAUCCUCUUCAAAGAAAAGGGUAUGGAGUGGGACACCCAGCUGUACGGUAAAGGCUGCACAGUCGGGUCUUUACUGGGUGAUCUUUACGAGAAGGCAGGUGAUCUCAAACAGUGGGGGCUUAUCAGGAUGAUCUCUGGCAUGCUGAAGAAGAAGGUGGAGGAGCUCGACUCGGCCUGCUCCGAUUUGCUCGCCCACCAGAAGCACCUGACUGUAGGUCUUCCUCCUGAACCGAGGGAGAAAACCAUCACGGCUCCCAUCCCUCCGGACCAGCUGUCUGCUCUCAUCGAUGAGGCCAGCGACAACAACAUCAGCGUGGCCAUCCUCACUCAGGAAAUCAUGGUGUACCUCGCAAUGAGCAUCAGGACUCAACCCGGUCUGUUCACGGAGAUGUUCAGACUGCGAAUCGGCCUUAUCAUCCAGGUCAUGGCCACCGAGCUGGCUCAGUCACUCAACUGUUCAGGAGAGGAGGCCACAGAGAGUUUGAUUAGUCUCAGCCCGUCUGAACUGAAGAAUCUGCUCCACCACAUCCUGAGUGGGAAGGAGUUCGGGGUGCAGCGCAGUGUGAGAGAAGGGGACACCGGCGUCAGUUCUGCCAUCUCCAUCCAUCACCUGGGCAACGCCGGCGCCACCAAGAGCGAGAGAGCCGGCAUCAGCAAACUGAAGAGCGACAUGAAGAUGCUGGAUCGCAGGCUGUCUUUGAUGGACUCGAGUAAGGAGCUCGACCAGUCCAUGACACCAACUUCUAAGGGGGUGCGAGCACAGUCACUGGACGUAGGAAGCUUCGAACCUGGGAGGUACAGACUCUCAGCUGUAGAUUCCAUCGAUAUCCCUGACAGCAUUCCAGUUUCCAGAGACACCAGACACGGCCAGUGGCUGCGCAGGAGGCGACUGGAUGGAGCGCUGAACCGAGUGCCGGUCGGCUUCUACCAGAAAGUGUGGAAGAUCCUGCAGAAGUGCCACGGUUUGUCCAUUGAGGGGUUUGUUCUUCCAUCUUCAACCACCAGAGAGAUGACCCCUGGGGAGAUAAAGUUCUCCGUCCACGUGGAGACCGUGUUGAACCGAGUCCCUCAGCCUGAGUACAGGCAGCUGCUGGUGGAGGCCAUCUUGGUCCUCACCAUGCUGGCUGAUGUGGACAUCCCCAGCAUCGGCUCCAUCAUCCACGUGGAGAAGAUCGUCCACCAGGCCAACGACAUGUUCUACAAGGACCAGAAGGACCUGGGAGCAGACGAGCACAUCUUGGAGAAGGACCCGUCCACCGGAGUGUGCAGGCUGCUGUACGACAGCGCCCCCAGUGGUCGCUUCGGGAGCAUGACCUACCUCACCAAAGCCGUGGCGGUGUACGUGCAGGACUUCCUGCCCAGCGGGGCGUGUGCGGUGCAGUGAGCGGCCGCACGAGGCGACAAACACGCAACGCGUUUUAUAACCAAGUAAAAAUAAAUGAAGAGAAAAUGUUGAA